UUACCGACGAUAAUAUUACUCAUAAAUUGAUGGUGCUUGGGUUAGCCAAACCACGUUCUUAAUUUCUUAUGAAAAAGUAUUUAUUCUUGUUUCAAUUUACUGUAAAAAAAAUUAUUAUAUAAUUAUACCGUCAAUUGAGCUCAAAUCCGUGCCCAAAAUCAACCGAAACAAAAUCGGAUAUCGCAGAAAAGUCGGAAGUGAUUUGUGUCCUAUAUUUACUCAAAACGGGAGGGGGAAAUAAAAGUAGCUUCUAUAUCUCUCAAUCUUACAUAGAAACACAAACAUACAUGAAGCAAAACGGCAAAUGCAGAGGUGGAAGAAGAAGGAAGAAAAUGAAGCUCAAGAAGAAAAACAAGGUAUCUUUUGGAAGUGAUAUAGCGGGCGUAAAUGAAAAUGAAACGCAGAGUGAAAUUGAGAUGGUCUCCACCGUUUCUGGGGACGAGCGUGCUUCCAUUUAUAGCAUGUCUAAUGGGAUUCUUCCUGCUCUUGGUGCCGAAUCUACCGGAAAAUUAAAGCUUAAUAAUCUUAUUAUUUCACCCUUUAAUCCCGUUUACAGGACUUGGGACAGAUUUCUUAUACUUCUGGUAUUUUACACAGCAUGGGUGUCCCCGUUUGAAUUUGGAGGAUUUCUAGAAAACCCAAACUAUAUCCUGUCUAUAAUGGAUAAUGUUGUGAAUGCAAUUUUUUUCUUUGAUGUCAUCUUAACCUUCUUUGUCGCUUACAUUGAUAAAGCUAAUUAUGUUCUGGUAGACGACCCAAGGAUGAUUGCAUGGAAGUAUAUAAAAUCCUGGUUUCUUUUUGAUCUUAUAUCAACAAUCCCUUCUGAGUUUGCUCGAAGUGCUUUGCCUGAUCCCUUUGCACAAUAUGGGUACUUUAAUAUUCUUCGUUUAUGGCGUUUGCGACGAGUCAGUGCGAUGUUUUCCAGAUUGGAGAAAGAUAGAAGCUUGAGUUACUUCUGGAUUAGAUGUUUAAAGAUGAUAUGUGUAACCCUUUUUGCUAUUCAUGCGGCUGCUUGCAUCAUGUAUCUUAUUGCCAUUCAUCAUAAACCUGUAUCAAGCACAUGGUUGGGGCUUCUCUAUGGUGAUAAGAUAAAUAAAGAGAGUACGAUGCAGUACUAUGUGACGGCAAUGUAUUGGUCUAUUACUACCCUUUCGACAACAGGCUACGGUGAUCUGCAUGCUACCAAUACAUGGGAGAUGGUGUUUACGACCAUCUACAUGGUAUUCAACUUAGGUUUGUCAUCAUAUAUUAUUGGAAACAUGACGAACUUGGUAGUUCAUGGGACCAGCCGAACCAGGAAAUUUAGAGAUACCAUCCACGCUGCAUCGAGCUUUGCACAGAGGAACAAAAUACCUCUUCGCCUGCAAGAUCAAAUGAUUGCACACCUAUGUCUGAAGCAUAGAACCGACUCAGAAGGACUUCAGCAGCAAGAAAUUCUUGAAGUGCUUCCAAAAGCCAUUCGAUCAAGUAUUUCACACUUCCUGUUCUAUAAACUUGUUGAUAAUAAAGUCUACAUUUUCAAUGGAGUAUCAAACGAUUUGCUCUUUCAGCUGGUAGCAGAAAUGAAAGCUGAGUAUUUUCCACCCAGGGAAGAUGUGAUACUGCAAAAUGAAGCACCAACGGACAUGUACAUUCUGGUGACUGGAUCAGUGGAUCUUAUCACACAUAGAAAUGGUGUCGAAACGAUUGUUAGAGAACUGAAGUCUGGUGAUGUCUUUGGCGAGACAGGCGUUCUUUGUUAUCGGCCACAACUGUUUACUGCUCGUACGACACGUCUGAGUCAGCUAUUAAGAUUGAGCCGUACUGUAUUCUUAAAUCUUAUCCAGGCUAAUGUUGGAGACGGGACAAUAAUAAUGAACAACUGUCUUCAGCAUUUAAGCGAGCGAAAUGAUCCAGUGAUGACCUCUAUUUUAGUAGAAGUACAGCAUAUGCUGACUGAAGGAAAAUCUGACUUGCCUCUUAGUUUGUUUUUUGCUGCAAUGAGAGGAGAUAAUGUGUUAAUGCAUAAGCUACUAAAGCAGGGGAAGGACCCAAAUGAAUUGGACAGCACAGGGCGGACACCUCUACAUAUUGCAGCAUCCAAAGGAUCCUUGGAAUGUGUGGUAGUACUCCUAGAUUAUGGAGCAAAUCCUAACAGCAAAGAUUCUGAAGGAGCCGUUCCUCUUUGGGAAUCAAUAUUGGGUGGGCAUGAAGCCGUGACAAAAGUGCUUGUUGAUAAUGGGGCAACCAUAUCUUCGGGCGAUGUUGGCCAGUUUGCAAGCUACGCUGUUAAACAAAAUAACUUGGACUUGAUCAAGCAAAUAAUCCAGUACGGUGGAAAUGUUACAUUGUUGAGCAGCACAGGGACUACAGCGCUUCACACAGCCAUUUCUGACGAAAACACGGAAGCUGUUAAGUUCCUGCUGGAGCAAGGAGCAGAUAUCGACAAGGCAGAUCAGCAUGGAUGGACUGCAAGGGCCCUGGCUGAAUACCAGGGGCAUGAAGAGAUUAAAGGUCUUUUUCAAACUGAAGGUCAGGGCAGGAACAAAUCGGUUAAUGCACAUUCUGGAAUGGAGGAUGUGCCUAAUGUAACGAUGUAUCAAGGUUUGCCUACACUUCCUCCUAUUGAGGAUGGUGCCUCACCAAUAACAGGUGAUCGUGGGAGGCGAAGGAACAACGAUUUUGAUAAUUCCCUGUUUGGAAUCAUCUCAGCUGCACAAAAUCUCGGCAAAGUUGGGAAACAGCAUAUGCUAUCUUCAUUAGAAUUUGAAAGGCUGCAAGCUUUAAGCAAUGAAAACGCGAGGGUCACAAUUCACUGCCCUGAAAAAUACCAAACUGCUGCAGUGCUAGUUUUUCUUCCAGAGUCACUUGAAGAGCUACUCGAAAUUGGUUCCCAGAAAUUUGGCUUCUCUCCUACGAAAGUUCUAACGAAAGAUGGAGCUCUCAUCGAUAACAUUAAGCUAAUUAGAGACGGGGAUCAUCUGAUGCUUUCUGGUGAUUAAUCUGAAAAAUGUAUAAUACUAAUCGUGCUGGACUCCAAUGUCUACUGAUGGACCGAUUCUCCUGUAAAUGCAACAAGAUUCAGUAACAAGGUUAGUCAUGCAUUUCUCGGUGACAGGUACUUUUGCGAAAAAAAUGAUCACCUGUUCCCAGUUAGAGUUGGUCCUGCUGGUAUAUAAUGCCAAGAUAUCAAGUUUGUAUCUGCUUCAAAAGUCUUGUGCUGUGUAAAGUUUUGAUAGGAAGGUAGUAUACAUGUAAAAUCUGGCAGCGUGUGUAUAAUGUGUAUUCACCAUACGUAGGUAAUUAUGAAUAUCUAAAUUAGCAAUACUGAAAUUUUUUCGGUGGUUUUGCUUUGGAAUUGAACUGGCGAAAAAAUAUUAAAAAAAGAGGAUUUAUUGGGACUUGA